GUGACUGAAGAAACAGCCGUCUCUCCCCUGGCCCCCUCUGCUCCCGGAGAAGAAGGCAAAGAGGAGCACAUUGAGGGAUAUGACCAGAAGCCUCCAUCAGUGCUCACACCAGAGCCUGAAUACACGGAAUCUGUGACUGAAGAAACAGCCGUCUCUCCCCUGGCCCCCUCUGCUCCCGGAGAAGAAGGCAAAGAGGAGCAAAUUGAGGGAUAUGACCACAAGCCUCCAUCAGUGCUCACACCAGAGCCUGAAAAUUCUGAGGCCGUGGCCAUAAAGAAAAUAAAUCUUCAAGGACUGAGGAGGAAGCAACUAACCGUUAAUGAAAUCAUGAUCAUGAAGAGGCAUAGGAGUCCCAGUGUUGUGAAUUAUUUAGACAGCUACCUUCUGGGUGAGGAACUCUGGCUGGUUUUGGAGUAGAUGGAUGGAGGCGCCCUGAGCGAUGUCAUCAGAAAGAGCUACCUGUUAGAGGAUGAGAUGGCAGUCAUCAGUCGGGAGUGCCUGCAAGGACUGGAUUUUCUUCACUCCAACCACGUGAUCCACCGAGAUGUGAAGAGUGAUAACAUCCUUCUCAGAACCGACGGCUCUGUCAAGCUGGCUGAUUUUGGCCUCUCUACUCAGCUCACCCCUGAGAAGAAUAGAAAGCACUUGUUAGCCGGGACUCCUUGGUGGAUGGCGCCUGAAGUGGUGACGUGUAAACCAUAUGGCCCCAAAGUGGACAUAUGGUCUUUUGGAAUUGUGGGAAUUGAAAUGGUAGAUGGAGAACCUCCUUACUGGAACCAAAGUCCUGCCUCGGCUAAAUACCUGAUAGCCACAGUAGGGACCCCACAGCUGCGGCAGCCCAGGGUCCUCUCAGCUUGGCUGCUACACUUCCUGAGGUGCUGCCUGCAGACAGAGGAGGCACGGCGCUGGUCUGCCAAGGAGCUCCUGCAGCAUCCAUUUGUAACAUCAGCCAAGCCAGCAUCCAUCCUGGCACCGCUCAUCAUCUCAGUGAAGAAGAACAAGCGCGGCAACACAGACUUGGCCGGGGAUAGCGGAGAGGGCAUGGGAGCAGUGCGGGACAUGAAAAAGCGCACGAGUUUUGCGAGCACAGCACCGGUGGCGGCAGCGGCCUCAGCUGGCGCCGUGCCAAAGACGCGCGUGAGGGGCGAGAUGCGCGGGACGUCUGGGAAAGGCGCAUGA